AUGCUCGGGUCAAGAUUCAGGGGCUCUGGGCUCCUGCAGCCGCCCGACGACGACGCUACGGCAGAGGAAGACGCACCCGACAGCACACCGGAAAGGCCCCUCCAACAACAAGAAGGCCAACAGCAACAGCAACAGCAACAGCACAGUCCCAGCGAAAAGUUGCAACAGAACAAGAAGGUCCAGGAUCCGAACCAGGAGUCACCGCCACACGGCCAGGACGACGUUCCCGGAAACAGGCGCAGAAAGCGGCAGCUUCCCUCCAUCCAUGACUCGUUGGCGCGCAGCUCGCAGCAGGAGCUGGAAACGACGAAAACCAACGACGCCAUGCUGAAACGGAAGGCAACCCGGGCCAUGUUCUCCCAUGCCGUGACGGGGACGGGCAUGUCUCAAGGCAUCAAUGUUACCGGUGUCAAGGCCCUCAUCUCCCAACUCUUGUCGCCAACAGACGACAUGCACCCACAUGGCGUGUUUGCACCGCGCCACGUGACCACGGACCACGCCAAGCGCGUCCUCGACAUCCUUGACUUUGACCAGGAUGGGGUUUGGUCGUGGGACGAGUUCCAGCGGGCGUGCGAGCUGCUGCUGGACUCGACAGGGAACCCAUCAAGCUACCGGCGGAGCAUUCUCAUGGCAGAUGAUAUUGUGCUGCAGCACACCGUGCGGGAGAAAGAGGACGAAAUUCAGGAGCUCACAGACAGAAUAGAGGCCAUGCAUAAGGAGUAUGAGGACGUGAUUGAGGACCUGCGACAGCGGCUGCACGAGCGAGAGGCGGAGAAGCACACGAUCAUCGACCAGGCCAACGACGACAUCGGCGCGCUGCAGAAGCAGCUGCGCGUCCUCAGGCAGCAGCUUGUCCGCGCACGAUCCCGCCAGGGUAGCGGUGGCGACAAUGACAAUGACAACAAGGAUGGGGGUGAGGGUGGUGCUGAUGAUGAUGGCACUGCUUUCACGCCGGCCCCAUUGCGUCGCCGGCCGCGUCUGCAGCCGACACCGCCAACACCCCGGCUCAGCGUGCGCGAGGCAAGGCGCAGGGAGGAGUGUGCAGACCGCUCCCCUUCGGAGACCAGCAGUGUCAGGUCCACCGCACACACCGCCACAACCGACGCCCUCACAGCGGAGGUGCGCCACCUGCGGGCCAAGUUGGCCGAUCGCAACGAGCGCAUGCUCGCGUUGAAGGACGAACUUGCAGAGGCCUCAGAAGUGAUUGUUGAGUUUUCGGACCGGAUAUCCCGGAAAGACCAGGAGCUGUUUGCGCUUCAACGGCAGAACGUUGAGCUGCAGAGUCAACUCGACGAGUACCACGUCCAAGGCCUCAUCCAACACCGUGCUGCGCGGAACAUCUCUGGGGUCCGCCAGCCCUGCCCGGAGACAACCAUCCUCUCGUCGCCCACACUUUGAAGGUGCUGCCCUGUUUGCAUGCCACCAACACGUGUUUGUCGUCGUUGUUUAAGUUGUUGUUGUUGUUUAAGUUGUUGUUUAAGUUGUUGUUUCAGUUGUUGUUUCAGUUGUUGUUUC